AUGAGCGCUAUGCAUAAAAAUGGACCACCGCCGCCUUAUGAACCGCCUCCAACGCACACGCCCGCGUAUUCUCAGAAUGUAGGAGGAGUUCCACCUGCCAGUCCAUUUACGCCAGCCACAUGAUAUGCGAAUGGACCAACUAUAGUUACGACUAUUGUUCCGGUUGGGCCGCAUUCGACUCAUACUAUUUGUCCACAUUGCCAUGCUGAAAUAGAUACAACAACAAAAACUGAACCUGGCAUGAUCGCUUACAUCUCAGGAAUCAUAAUAGCAUUGUUGGGAUGUUGGUUGGGUUGCUGCUUGAUUCCUUGUUGUAUCGAUGAAUGCAUGGAUGUUCAUCAUACUUGCCCAAAUUGUAAAGCUUAUCUGGGACGUCAUAGAAGAUAAGCAAAUGGAUUGUAUUAGCAUACACACAAGUUGCAUUUUGAAUGUUCAAAUAGCUUUACAAUAUUUGAUUAUAAUCCAACGGAUAUAUAAGCUUUAUAUUGAAUCUGAACAUUUGGAAAGCAAUUGUUGAGUAAGAAAGUACUACACAGGAUGUAGCUUUAUUACCAGUCAGCUAUAUCUUUAUAAUGAAGUAUGCACAGUAUUUAAGUAACUAUACAUAUUCGAUAUAUACUGUUAACAUCUACAAGAUUCUUAUCGCAACAAUUUGAUAUAAUGUCUUGCACAUUUUUGUAAAAAUAUUUUACUUUUGCCAUACGGUUGAUGGAAUUAUUGCGCGCACAAUAUUUAGUAGCAAGAAGCAUGCCAUUUAAAAAAAUUUGUGUCAUGGAAAGGAAACAUGGUAUUGUAUGUGCUUCCAUUAUUUAGAGAAAUUUAUAUCUUUAAUUUACUUCCAUCAAUCUGGCAACAAAGGCAGUGUGACAUUAAUUUUUAAAGAUUCAUGUUUACUCUGAUUUACAUCUUGACCUCAGACAUUUUGUGACGUGUAACUAUUUUGUAGUAUAAUAUUAAGAAAGCCCACAAAUAGUAAGCAGCGAUAUAUGCAUGCAGUUCUUCCUUUACUCAAGCCUUUUUACAGAGUAAUUAAUAGCGUCUAUAUUUAUCAUAAAAUGCCGAUAAUUAAGCUUAUGUUUAUGUAGAUAAUCAUUAUUAUUACUGUUUUUAUUUGUUUAGCAUAUAUUCGGCAGCCAAUUUAUUAUGCAUGUGCUUGAAAAUUCAGAAAACUUAUUUAAGAAGAUAUAUAUUAUUUUUAAGAAGAUAUAGUAUAUUAUUGUUU